CCUCCCAUCCAUGCUCACCGACAAGGUUCGGCCCGUCUGCGAUCUUGAGGAUCCAGAUCCUGAGGAUAUAUUCUCCGCUGCCUUAGGUACCAUUUUUACAGAUGAUCUAAACAACUCCUAUGGCGAGCCGGGAGCUCGGAUUGUUUACAAAUCAACCGGCUUCGGAGAUAUCGAGUUGCAAUGCUCGAAUCCAGAAAAUGUAGAUGAUCGGAUGCUUUUCAGCCACUAUCUUUGGAAUUCAGCCGUGCAAGUGGCAGACUUCUUCGAGCGCGGCGAGGGUCUGUGGGAUAUAACUGGCCAACACGUACUCGAGCUUGGAGCAGGAACCGGAUUAGCUGGAAUCAUCGCCGCUCUGGCUGGAGCCAAAGAGGUUGUUAUUUCUGACUAUCCCGCUCCGGAGAUUUUGUCAACAAUCUCUACAAAUGUCACGAAACACGUACCAAGGGUCCAGGUAGUAGGCCACGAGUGGGGCGUUCUUACGGAUGAAUUCUCAGUUUCACGUAAGCAUAGCUUCUCGAGAGUAUUGGCCGCAGACUGCCUGUGGAUGCCAUGGCAACAUGAAAAUCUGGCCCGAUCAAUACUUCAUUUUCUAUCCGCAGACGAUGAUGCCCGCGCAUUUGUCAUCGCAGGCUUUCAUACUGGUCGGCUGAAGGUGUCAGGGUUCUUUAAUAUAGCCGCAGAAGAAGGACUGGAGGUUGAGACCAUCUACGAACAGGAUGCAGAAGGCAACAAACGCGAGUUUGUCAAAGAGAAGCCCGUUGGAACGGAAGAUAAAGCAAUGCUGAAACGAUGGCUUGUGAUAGCCAUCAUGCGGCGAAGGCGAUGAUGCGACUUGCAACGGCUCUCACGCUUCUGCCAUCUCUUUUCUUUGUUUCUCCGAAUGCAUAAGCAUAUAUACCAUGAGCGAUUCUAGCAUAUUACCCGCGUCAAACACACCAUAUUAGCGCUGCACAUUUUUAGAAUGAAACGAACAAUCAUCACGACGAAGUCUUCUUUCUUCUAAAGCAAAUGGAAGAAAUAGUCUGCCCCUUGUGCCCGCCAA